UGAUACUUUAUUUUGUAUAUCAAUUUUAAGAUACAUUAAAAUGUAAACCUAUUAGGUAUUAAUUGCCAAAGUUAUAUUAUUUAAGAGAGGUUGGCGUAGCAGCCUUUCUGGUGGGUCUCGUACACGAGAUGGCAGAUUUUGAGGAUGGAGGUGAGGAGGUUGCAAGCCUCCAGGCACCAGUGGUUGAGGCCCCAGAGUUGCCUGAAAUAAAACUUUUUGGAAAAUGGUCAUUGGAUGAUGUUCAACUGAGUGAUAUGUCUCUUCAGGAUUAUAUUGCUGUUAAGAAAUAUUAUGCCAAGUACUUGCCUCACUCGUCUGGUAGAUAUGCAGCCAAAAGAUUCCGCAAAGCCCAGUGUCCUAUUGUAGAACGUCUGACAAAUUCUUUAAUGAUGCAUGGGCGCAAUAAUGGCAAGAAACUCCUGGCUGUCCGCAUUGUGAAACACUCUUUUGAGAUCAUCCAUCUUCUGACUGGUGAGAACCCAGUACAAGUAGUAGUAAAUGCCAUUAUCAACUCUGGCCCACGUGAGGAUUCAACCCGUAUUGGCCGUGCCGGUACUGUGAGGAGGCAGGCUGUGGAUGUCUCCCCUCUUCGACGUGUUAACCAGGCCAUUUGGCUUCUGACUACCGGUGCUCGUGAAGCUGCUUUCCGCAACAUCAAGACUAUUGCCGAGUGCCUUGCUGACGAGUUGAUCAAUGCUGCAAAGGGUUCUUCUAACAGCUAUGCAAUCAAGAAGAAAGAUGAACUUGAACGUGUUGCCAAGUCCAACCGUUAAGUGAAUAAAUAUUGUAAUGUGA